AUGCUGCUGUGUCAGGGACAAGACCUGUGGCGGUUAGGCACACCACUCGGUCCUGGAUCCCAGGGAUUGGGGCCCAGGGCCAGAACAGCUCCUAACUUUGGGUGCCUCUCUCCCUUACACCAGAGAGGUGGAGAAGAGCGAGUGCUUGAGAAGGAAGAGGAGGAGGAAGAUGAUGAAGAUGAAGACGAUGAAGAUGAAGUAUCUGAGGGCUCCGAGGUGCCCGAGGGUGACCGUCCUGCAGGUGCCCAGCACCACCAGCUUAAUGGAGAGCGGGGCCCUCAGAAUGCCAAGGAGAGGGUCAAGGAGUGGACGCCUUGUGGCCCCCACCAGGGCCAGGAGGAAGGGCGAGGGCCAGCGCCAGGCAGUGGCUCCCGCCAGGUAUUUUCCAUGGCUGCCAUGAAUAAGGAAGGGGGAUCAGCCUCUGCUGCCACUGGGCCAGACUCCCCAUCCCCUGUGCCUUUGCCCCCAGGAAAACCAGCCCUACCUGGGGCAGAUGUGACCCCCUUUGGCUGUCCUUCUGGGCGCAAGGAAAAGCCAGCUGAUCCUGUGGAGUGGACGGUGACCGACGUGGUAGAGUACUUCACCGAGGCAGGCUUCCCUGAGCAGGCAACAGCUUUCCAAGAGCAGGAAAUUGAUGGCAAGUCUUUGCUGCUCAUGCAGCGCACAGAUGUGCUGACCGGCCUGUCCAUCCGCCUUGGCCCAGCCCUGAAAAUCUACGAGCACCACAUCAAGGUGCUGCAGCAAGGCCACUUUGAGGAUGAUGACCCUGAUGGCUUUCUAGGCUGAGCGCCCAGCCUCACCCCUGCCCCGACCCAUUCCGGUCCCUAUCUCACCCAAGAUCCCCAGAGUCCAGGAGCUGGACAGGGACACCCUAGCCUUCCUAACAGAUUCCAGUGAGGGGGCAUUCCUUCCUACUCAUCUCUUCCCUGUGUCUCCCCCCACACACACACCUCUGGCCUCCAGCACAUCCUGUACUCCAUGACAGAGGAGUGUGGGGUGGGACAAGGCCUGCUCACUUCACCCCAGGCGGCCAACCCUCUCCCCAAUCUAGGACAUUUUUUGGGAAAAAAAAAAAGAUUGGGGGUCUUCCCACCUCCCCUGAUCCUCUUCAGUUCAGCCAGAUGUUUCCUAUAUAAAUGUUUUGUUCUGCCUGUUCAUUUUGGUGGGUGGCCUUUCCUCUCUCCCCCCACCACCCAGGCCCCUCCCCAGUCUGUCCCUGGCCUCCAGCCCCUGGGAGCAGUUGGGAUGGGGUCCCUGGGUCUUCCCUACCCCUCCUCUUUCUUUCUGUUUGUUGUCGCUCCAGCUGGCUGUAUUGCUUUUUAAUAUUGCACCGAAGGUUUUUUAAAUAAAAUUUUAAAAAAAGAGAAGGAAAAA